AUUUGAAAAUUUUUUUCCCUCCAGGCUGGUCUCUGCUGUUCAGGGCUGAGUCUUAAGUGCAGGUCUGGCGGUUCUUGGGAAGCCUCCGUCCGCAAUCUAACGCUAGCUGAGUGAUUUUUAACCUCCUGGAACCCUGGCCUGCUUGGGUUUCCCUCUCAGGCCUCCGUUGGGCCUAGUGGGCGGGAACCAUGGCCUCGUUCCAUCUGGAUCAUCUAAAGAACUACCACAGAAGAUUUUGCCGGCCUUCCAGAGCACCCAACAUUCCUACAAAGCAAGGCCAGAACAUGCUGGAAAUCUUACAAGAUUGUUUUGAAGAACAGAAUUCUACAGAGUCAUUGUCUUGUUCAACACCUAAAGAGAAAGACAUUUAUGUUCAGUCAAGAGGCAAAGAGCGCCAAGCAUCACAUUCAGAAUCAGUUCCGGUUUCUUCAAGGAGGAAGGAAGCUUCUUUGCAAGUUUCUGCAAAACCAAGUGACCCUGCUGAUGAACCAGUUCAGGCUAAUGAAGUUCAUCAGAAAAUUCUGUCUACUGAUGUGGUCUCCAAAAGUACACCGGACUCAACCAAAACAUCAAGUAAAAGAGUAAAAGGUCACCAUGGUGCGUCUGAUGAAUUGUACUUACCUGGUGGCUCCCCUGUGGUUCUUCUGGGUGCAAGAGUGUCCGGGUCACAGAAAGCUGUUUCAUCUGCUGGCCAAAAGAGAGCGACUUCCGUCUCAAGGCGUUCAGCAGAUAAGCAGUCUUCAAAUACAGACAUUUCUUUUAAAACCAGGAAAAGGCUAAACUUCGAAGAUAAAGUUAUUUCGAACACAGCAGAAAUAAAGAGCAAUGCAUCACAAGUAGAGGAUAACAUAUCUGAGGAACAAGAAGGGACGUCAUCAGAAACUUCUCAGAAGAGAGACGAUCAGAGCUCUGAAAUUCAACCACAAUCUAAAAAGAGCUUUUCAGAGUUGUAUUUAGAAACUGUCAACAGGAAAAGUAAAUGCAGUUCUGUUGUUAGGCACACAGCAGCAGUUCCAUCUCCUCCGUCUCCUCCAAAUGAUAUGAAAUUAUUAGAAGAUGAAUUUAUUAUUGAUGGGUCAGAUAGAAGCUUUUCAAGUCAACCUUGGGUGGUGAUACCAAGGAAAGGCCACCACAUGCCAUUUCCUGAAAACAUUGCAGUGCCUCAAGGUAAGAAGUCAAGAGAGAAACCCCAUCGUCUAUCCGAGAAGACUUUGAUAAGUAACACACAGACUGAUAAGACUGGCCCAAUAGAGGAAGCUCAGCUCUCUGUUGAGGAAAAACUGGGAACUACUUUGACAAAUGAGUUGGAAAAUGAUUGUAGAUCUACAGAAAAUAAAACGCACUCUGAGAAUGCCAAAAAACCAUCCGCACGGAAAAGGACUGUGAAACAGAAGCAGAGAAGACCGUCUAAGCCUAACGUAGCUCAAGAGCUCAGCAUGGGACAGAAUGAAACUGAAAAUAGGAAUAUGUCAAAAAUUGGCCAAGACAAGUUACAAAUAAAUUCAAAAAGAAAUAUGGAAGACCAUGAAGAGGUGAGGAACGAGCCUACCCCCAAGAAACCUGUGCCUGCUCUUGGAAAUAAGAAAGAAAAGGAUAGCACCCAAGCUAAUAAGGAAAAAUCUAGAAAGAAAAGUUUUUCUAGAGAGUCCAAGAGGAAAUCUGUUCCCGAAGAAGUAACUUUGGCUUCCAGGAGAAGUCGUAGAACUUCUCAGCAUCCGUCUGAGUGGUGGUUGGUAAAACCGAGUGAAGGUUCUGUUGAUGGAAAUUCUUCAAAGGAAAAUGAAUCAUCAGUUGUAUAUCCAAAUAGAAAAAAACAGACUAAGAGAAAUCACGUAUCUGAGAAUACUGAGAAGAAACCUGUUCCAUCGAAAAGAAAGAAGAAAGAGAUCAGCUCAAGAGCACUGAAGUCUUUAAAUGUAAAGGGUUCUGGAGGAAAUGUUAGUGGCCAUGAUGAUAUUUCUACUUCCCAGAGGAAGCCGUUGCAAAACAUUGACGCAGAUCCAACUCAGAAGAGCCUUCAUAGUUCUGGACCUACCAGAGGCUCUGAAGAUCAAAACAGUGAUAUGAUAUCACAGAAUAUUCAUUUAAAGUCUUGUAGUGAGCAACAUAGAAGCAAGACACAAAUGGAAUCUACUUCAAAUUCGGAAGUGUGUAAACAUUCAGUGUGGGAAGAAAGUGGACCUUCCAGGUUCAAGAAUCUUGAAAUGCCUGGAAGCAGUAAUUCUGAAGUGGGUGACGAAAAGGACCAGAAGAGUUUGGAUUUGAAAACAAGAAGUUCUCAUAUGGCACCGAAUAGGAAUUUACACCACAAAUUAGUAUUGCCCUCCAACUCACCAAAUGUUCGUAGAUCUAGUAGAAUACGUUUGAAACCUCUGGAAUAUUGGCGAGGGGAACGAAUAGAUUAUCAAGAAAGCUCAUCAGGAAGACUUGUGCUUGAAAUAGUGUCCCCAGCUUCACAAUCAGUGAAAAGAAAGGCCAAAAGAAAGCUGGACAGAGUCAACAAAGAAACUAACAAGAAGCGGGGCCAUCUUGAUAACCCUACAAAGACUAAGAUAAAGGUGAGUCUGGAUAUACCUCUGGGAGAUCCCUUCCAGGCAACAUUGGCAAAGGACCCGGAAACAAGAGAGAUUGUCCCCAUGGAUCUUAUAAGACCACGAGAUACAUACCACUUUUUUGUUGAGCAACAUGGUUUGAAAGUUUAUAAAACAUUGAAUACAACAUUUUUUUCUACUGGAAAAUUGGUUUUAGGACCCCAUGAAGAAAAAGGAAAACAGCAUGUUGGUCAAGAUAUAUUAGUUUUUUAUGUUAACUUUGGUGACCUUCUAUGUACAUUACAUGAAACACCUUAUAUGCUAACGACUGGGGAUUCAUUCUAUGUUCCUUCAGGUAAUCAUUACAACAUUAAAAACCUCUUGAAUGUGGAAAGUUGUCUUCUUUUUACUCAAAUAAAAAGGUGAAAUAAAAGUGUAUGUAUAUAAAAUAGGUUGUUUAUAUGUAAAUUUUUGUAACUGAUUAUUUUAAAGUAAAAUUUUUGUUUAGUUUUGCAUUAGUUAAUCAUUUUAUACUCCUUGUUAAACAUUUCAUAGUCUUGUAUAUGUCUUUUGGUUUUUCCUCGAGUGUAAAUACUGUGCUUAGUGCUGACCAUUUUGUUGGUAUUGCUUUGAUAAUAUUGAAAAAAAGAACAACAAAAGAAACUAAAAUCACUGUUCCCACAAUAUAAUAUCCAUCUGCUGUCAGAGAACUGAUUGAUGUGUCCAUUCAUUUGCUGUAGUUGGUUCCAAAUAUCAAUUGUAAAUCGUUGGUCAUUAAAUAAUCGAAUAGAAA